CCCGGCCGUGCGCGGUGGCGAAGCCGCGGCGGGACUUGCAGUUUGAGGAAUCGGCGGGCCCCGGAGACGCCCCCGGCCCGGGAAACUUGGACCGAGACCAGGAACGGGGGCCUGAGGAUGAAGCUGAGCCCGCCACAUUGGCCCCUGUCCUGCCUUUUUGUGCUGCUGCCUUGGCCUCUGGCCUCUCCACUGUCAACGACCUCGUGGCAGUGCCCACCUGGGAAGGAGCCCAACCUGGACCUGGGGCAGGGCACAUUGUGCAGGUCCUGUCCCCCCGGCACUUUCUCUGCUUCAUGGGGCCCGGGCCCGUGCCAGGUGCACUCCCGCUGCAGCCCUCGAGGGAGGCUGGAGGCCCAGGCAGGCACAGCGACUCAAGACACACUAUGUGGAGACUGCCAGCCUGGGUGGGUUGCCACUUCGGGGGUCCCCCAUGUCCCCUGUCAGCCAUGCUCCUGGACACCUCUGGGUACUCGCAGCUGCUCUGAGCGGGGACGGCGGGCCCGACGUGGCGUGGAGGUAGCAGCAGGGGCCACCCGCGCUGGGGACACGCGGUGGCCUGGGAAUGGCACCCGGGCCGACGGCCCCGAGGAGACGGCGGCCCAGUACGCGGUCAUUGCCAUCGUGCCUGUCUUCUGCCUCAUGGGGCUGCUGGGCAUCCUGGUGUGUAACCUGCUCAAGCGGAAGGGCUACCACUGCACGGCCCACAAGGAGGUCGGGCCCGGCCCUGGAGGUGGAGGCAGCGGGAUCAACCCCGCCUACAGGGCUGAAGAUGCCAACGAGGACACCAUCGGGGUCCUGGUCCGCCUGAUCACAGAGAAGAAAGAGAAUGCUGCGGCCCUGGAGGAGCUGCUGAAGGAGUAUCACAGCAAACAGCUGGUGCAGACCAGCCACAGGCCUGUGCCCAGGCUGCCGCCAGGCCCCCCCAGCACGCCACACAUCUGCCUGCAUCGCCACCACCUCCACACCGUGCAGGGCCUGGCCUCGCUCUCCGGCCCCUGCUGCUCCCGCUGUAGCCAGAAGAAGUGGCCUGAGGUCCUGCUGUCCCCUGAGGCCGCAGCUGCUGCUGCCCCCACUCCCCGACUCCUGCCCAACCCGGCCAGGGCUCCCAAGGCGGGGGCCAAGGCAGGACGCCAGGGCGAGAUCACCAUCUUGUCUGUGGGCAGGUUCCGAGUGGCCCGAAUUCCGGAGCAGCGGUCAAGUUCAGCAGCCUCUGAGGUGAAGACUAUCACGGAGGCCGGGCCCUCGGGGGGUGACCUCCCUGAUUCCCCACAACCCGGCCUCCCCACUGAGCAGCAGGCCCUGCUGGCAAGUGGUGGAAGCCAUGCUAAGUGGCUGAAGCCCCUGGCAGAGAACAAGGCUGAGGAGAACCGCUAUGUGGUCCGGCUAAGUGAGAGCAACCUGGUUAUCUGAUGGUCUGCCUCAGCUGAGGACACUGCGGCCCUGUCCUGGGAGGUUCUGAAGGCUUCCUGGAGGAGGCAGAGCUGCAGCUGGGCCCAUAAGGAUCAAGAAGCAACGGUCCAGCAGACAGAAGAGCAAAGGCCAAGGCCUGGAGGUGGGAGUGUCCGCCCCCGUGCAGAGGCCGGUGCUGGCGGGUGCUGCGUGCAGGAGCAGGUUGAGCGCCCCUCCCCUGCCCCUGUGCCUUGCCCUGAUCCUAGGACCCUGCAGGAUCCUCUGUACCAGGUGGCUAGGCCUUGGCAGUGCGGAGGGGCCCUCUGCCUGGCACCCCGGCCCCACACCUUGGUAAUCUACUGCCCCCGCCCUCUGUGCAGGGCCCUAGCGUGGACCUCUCCCUCCUCUUCCAGUGGCCCCAUGAAGGGAAGAGGCAACAAAAAGCCGUGGGCUGGAGACUGAGUUCCCUGGUUCUAACCGUGGGCAAGUCCCUGGCCAUCACCUGGUUACCGUCCUUCUGACCGUGAAGUGGGGAGAGAAAGGUGUCUCGGGGCCCAGGGCUUCUCUGGUUCCUUGCAGGCUCUGGCCUGGGUCGUGUGCGGGGAGAGCUUGACUCCUUGCCACCCCUCCCAUUAGUAGCUUUAUCUAUGGCCCCCUUUUUGCGGCUUCCAGGGCCUGUGCCUUCAGGCCCCCAUGGGGCUGCCCAUCCCUGGCUCUGCCUACGGAAGGGGCUUAAUGCAUGUAUCUGCCCCCCUCCCUAUUUUUAUUGAAAUUGGAACCACAGUCUCGACCUGGGUAGGGCUGUGAUACAGGGUGCCAGCCUGCAUAGCCACCCCAAGAUCUCAGGAGCAUUCAGGGAGAGGGGUGUGUGCGGGGCUGGAGAGGCACCUCUGGCCUCGGUGGUUUGUGUGUCCCUGUGGUGUUGGUGUCUGUCCCCCAGCUGGUCAGUGCGGGCGACUGCCCAGCCCAGCUCCUUUGUCCACUCUAGCCCAGUGACCUGGUUAUUUAUGUGGGGCCGUGCAGGCAUGGGCCCCACUGCCAUCCCCAUUUCUCUUAUUUAUUGAAAAUUUGCUGUUGUCCUGUCCUUGUCUACAUUCCCAUCCAUUUAUUGGAUAAUAAAAGGUGGGAAAGUGG